CAGAGGGAGCCAGGGGGGCUGGGAUAAAGCCGUGCAUGGGGUUCAUUUCAAAGCAUGCGCUUAGUGGGUUACCAUGGACCAAUAUAGCAUCUUGGGCCGCAUCGGAGAGGGGGCUCAUGGCAUUGUCUUCAAAGCCAAGAACAUUGAGACGGGUGAGACGGUUGCCCUCAAGAAAGUGGCUCUCCACAAGCCAAAGGACGGUAUACCGAACCAAGCCCUGCGAGAGAUCAAAGCCUUGCAGGAGAUUGAGGAAAAUCAACAUGUAGUAAAGCUGAUGGAUGUCUUCCCUCACGGCACCGGGUUUGUGCUGGUGUUUGAGUACAUGCUCUCAGACCUUUCUGAAGUGAUCCGCAACUCCGAACAGCCCCUCGCCGAUGCCCAAGUGAAAAGCUACAUGCUUAUGCUUCUUAAGGGGGUGGAGUUCUGCCACGCCAACUCCAUCAUGCACCGGGACCUGAAACCAGCCAAUUUGCUGAUCAGCUCCACGGGGCAGCUGAAAAUUGCUGACUUUGGUCUGGCCCGGAUAUUCACUAGAGAUGAUGAAGACAGGUUGUAUAGCCACCAAGUGGCUACCAGGUGGUAUCGGGCCCCUGAGCUCCUCUAUGGCGCUCGGAAAUACGAUGAAGGCGUGGAUUUGUGGGCUGUAGGCUGCAUCUUCGCUGAGCUUCUCAACAACUCCCCACUCUUCCCCGGGGUGAAUGAUAUCGAGCAGUUGUGCUGUGUCCUCCGAGUGCUUGGGACACCCAACCAGAAGAUCUGGCCGGAGAGCGUUGAACUGCCUGAUUACAAGAAGAUCUCAUUCAAAGAGAAGCUGCCCAUUCCCCUGGAGCAGGUGGUGCCAGAUGCCUCCCCGCAAGCUGUACAGCUCUUGAAACAGUUCCUGGUCUAUCCUUCCAAGCAGCGGGUGCGAGCAGCACAGGCCCUGCUUCACCCCUACUUCUUCACCCCGCCGCUGCCUGCCCACCACUCCGAGCUGCCCAUCCCCCAGCGUGGGGGGAAAAAGACUUGUCCACAGCACCAGCGGGAGUUCCAUGUCGAGCAGCCCCUAGAAGAGGCCCUGGUGGACCGGGAGCUCAUAGCGCCUUACCUGAUGGACUUCUGAGGGGGCAGGCUGGAGAUCCUGCAUGGCUGGCUUUUGCUCUUGGCAGUGCCCUGAUUCCUGGGCUGUCUCAGGUCAGGAGAGGGGGUAGGACCUGCACAGGGGGGAGGCUUACGGGACCCUCUGAAUGGAUUUUGUCUUCUGGCGAUGCUGUGUGUAAGCAUAACCAGGUUUUUGAGGCAGAUGAUGGGGAGCAGGUUCCCUUGGCUAAAAGGGAGAAUUCGGGCCGGUGCAGUUUCUCUCUCCCCUGCAGCAUUAUGCAGGAGAAACUUUUUCUGCUCAAACUGACGCAGCCCUUAAAGACACCGGAAGUCUGUCCAGUAUGGAAUUCUACAAGCCUCUCUCUUGGCCGGUGUUGCUAUUUAUGUCCUGGAUGGUCUUGUCCACGCCGGAGAAUACAGUUGCAAACAACUGUUGUUGCACAGCGAAAGGGGACAAUCCAAUAUUGUGCAAAUAGCCUUCAUUGUCCUUUGGCUCUGUAACGUUGGUUCAAACCUGUGUAGUUUUGGAGAGUAAGUUCCCUGUUCCUAUGGCUCUGGGCUUCUUUUAGGGGCCUCUCCCACCACCGUAGCCCUUUCCUUCCAGG